AUGAAUAAUUCAGAAAAUCAAUCAAAAUAAUCAGAGUAAACACUAACAAUUGAUUAUUUUGAAUAAUUAAAUGAAAAACGAAGUUAGAUCAACAAUAAUGUAUCCUUAUUAGAGAGAACGAUAUUUCAAUUACUUAAACAAUAUCCAGAUGUAUUCGCUUAUAAUGAGUACCAAGUGCAUGAUGGCAAGAGCAGAGAGGCCAAUUUUAUUCUAGAAAAUGGGUUAUUGUUAGGUUAAGGAGCUUAUGGUUCUGUGUACUCAACUGUAAAUCCAAAUAACAAUUAGCCAGCAGCCUUGAAAGUAUAAGAGAAUUGUGAUUUCGAUUAAGUAAUUAUGCAGGCUGAAGAAUUUAAAAUUUAAAAAAAAAUUGCUGUCCAUUUCCCAGAGUGCAUCAUCUAGAUACAAAAUAAAAUAAUUAUAAGCUUAAAAUUUAUGAACACUUAUCGAAUGUAUGCAUAUCUAGAUUUGGGAUUGGGAAGCCUAAAAGAAUAUUAAAUAAAAUUUAAGAAAUUUACAGAACUUCAAUUUAAUAAUCUAUUCGAUUGUAUUUUAGAUAGUAUUUUAAAAAUUCACUCUCUAAAAAUUGCUCAUAGCGACAUUAAAUUAGAAAAUAUUAUAAAUACAUAGAAUAAUGGCUGGGUUUUAGCUGAUUUUGGAUGUGCAAUUCAAUACACAACUCCUUAUGGUGAAUAUCCUAUUUUGGGAACUAGAGCCUACAUGUAAAAAUAAGUAAGAGGAGCUCUGAAAAACAAUUUAAGAAUCUUCAAAAUGAAUUUGUUUAAAAAGGACAUCUACGCAUUUCAAUUGACAAUGCUUUAAAUACUCUAUCCUGAAGAUACUAUUAAUGAUUUAUAAUAGAUUUUAGAUCAAUAGAAAAUGGUGCAUCCGAAAAUUGAUUCACUUUAUAAUAAAGAUUAUUUCAAAAUAAGAUCAUAAUUUCUAUAACAAAAAUACAUUAGAGCUACAGUAAUUUAGGAGCCAAUUUCAAGCACUGAAGAUAUCAAAAUGAAGUUGGAAAAGAAUUACAAACUUAGUUUCUAUUAUAAAGUAUACCAGUAGUCAUUAAGUUUACCUUAUAAUAGAGAUAUGAUCUAUUGGACUCAAUGUCUGUUGAAUUUAGCCAUUUAAGAUUUUUCUGAUAGUUAAGAAAAACUAAGAUAGGUUAUGAUUUUGGAUUCCUUUGUAGAUAAAUACUCUAAUCGUGUUUCAGCAGAGGAGAUCUUUGAAGAAAUAUCUUUUGAGGAUUUGACUAAGUUUGAAUAUGACCUAUACUAUGAUGUUUUGGAGAAGAAAGGUUAGAAGUUGCUACAAUUGAUGCUUUGCUAGGGUUAUCAAGCAACUUUAAAUGAACCGAACUGCAAUUUAAAAUUAUAGGAGGCAGAGUUACUCUACAUAAUUGGCUAAUGGGAACAGGCUAAGGAGAUUAUAAAUAGUAUUUAAAAUGAGCUGGAAUUAGAGAAUGAUGAAAUGCUACUGAAGUUUAUUUGUUUGAAGGCCCGAUUGAAUGGUCAAUGGAUAAACAUUAGAGAAGAAAUCAUACCAUACUUAAUCAAUUAUAAGGAUAUGUUUUAGAUCUUAAUUGAAUGGAAGUUUAUAUUGAUAGAUUCAAUUUGGUUAGACAAAUCUAAGAAUAUUUUAAAUACAAUUUAUCAUCGACAGAGUAACUUAUUUUUUGAUGGGCUCCAUUCAUUUGGGAAGAAAAAGGUUGACAAUUAAUAUGAACCUAUCAAAUUAGAUUUUUCAAAAUACAUUAAAAUAUUUUACUUGGAUUCAGAUAAGGAUUUCAUUUUAGAGGGUGUGAACAUUUUCAAGGGUAUGUAGCAAUUCAAUUACGAUAAAUAUGCAAUAUUUUAUUAGGGUUGGAUAUAUUGCGAAAUAGUGUAGUAUAAUGAUAUCUAUUAAUUAUUCAUUGAAGAAUUGAUUCAAUUUAUUGAGUCAAAUCUUGAAGGAUAUUAUUUUAAUUGGAUUAUUUAUGAUUGCUAUUCAAGAUUUCUGGUUCACAAAAGAGAAUUCGUAAAAGCUAAGCAUUAUUUUUAUAAGGCAAUUUAGUUGAUAGAAAAUGAUUGCAUCUAUAACUAAUUCGUUCUUUUCCAUCACAUAUUUUAAUCACAAAUCUAGGAAAACAAUUUAGAAUGCGUUGAAACUUUUAGUAAAAAUAUCGCACUUAUUAGAUAAAUGCCUAACUCGAAUCUUACUUUAUAUUUAUUUGCAAUUUUGUUUCAAGAAACCAUGCAUUUUGUUAAAUUAGGAUAUGAAUUCAAAUUGGGAGAUUUUUUUAGAUAAGCAAUUGAUAUCCUAAAAUCCUAAUUAGCUGGGCAUAGAUUUGCCUCAAUCAUCAAUUUUAUAAAUGAAAAAGACGAAGCCUUAAGAAACAAGGACUUCUUUGCUCUCAGGCAUACAAUGUGGCAAUAAUUACCAGAUUUACUUGAAAUUACAAUAGACGAUUAUGAAGAGGAAGUCCUAAUUUGUUUUCAUAAGUUAUUUAUAUUAUUAGAAUUGUUGAAUUUGAGAUUGGAGGAUGAAACUAGGUAUACAUCAAGAUGGAUUUAAUCAAUGAUGAUCUAUGAAUCAAUAGGUUUUAAAAAGAAAGAAUAUCCUAAAUAAAUUUCAGAUGUAAUUCCAUGUCUUUACGGUCGUUCAUGCCAUAGAUAAGGUGAUUAAAGAAAAUUAGAAGAAGCCAAGGAGAUAUUUAAGUUUUUUCAUAUGAAUAAAUGCUGGUUAUAUUGA